UGGCGCCCUCGAAGCCAGCAGCAAAACCGGACCAAUGAACUAUGAUAUUUGUUUAUUGUUAUUGUUUUGUGCAUCGAUUAUUUGAUUACGUUUGGCUGGUGUAAUAGUUGGCAAUCAGAUUGAAUCUGUUACAGGGAAGUAACCCUGAUAUUUCAAUGUUUAUUCAAAUGGUGUUCCAUCGAAUACUCUGACGCAUUUGCUCUUGAAAAUGGAGGUUAAUAAAUUGGAUUCGAAAGGAAAAUCAGUUGACAGGAUGGAGAAUUUACCGCCCGAGGUUGAAGAAGGGAAUAUUGAAUAUAAGUUGAAGCUUAUCAAUCCAUCGGCCUGCCGGUUUGAACACCUUGUAACACAGAUGAAAUGGAGAUUGAGAGAAGGACACGGUGAGGCUAUCUAUGAAAUUGGUGUGGAGGACAGCGGCCUGCUUGCUGGACUGAAUGAUGCUGACCUCCAAGCAUCCCUCCAUACUCUACGCAAAAUGGCUCAUAAACUAGGAGCAACCAUAAAUAUUUUGCGUCAACGAGUGGUUAACGACUGUCAAUUUGAAAAGAAAACAGCGUGUGAAGUCCUUGUCCGUAAAGUUCCAGAUGAUCAACCGUUUAUUGACCUAAAGCUUGCGGUCCUUGGAAAUGUAGAUGGAGGUAAAAGCACGCUCUUAGGUGUCUUAACUCAAGGAGAACUGGAUAAUGGUAGAGGGCGUGCUAGACUUAAUUUAUUCCGACAUUUACAUGAAAUUCAAUCAGGAAGAACCUCCAGUAUUAGUCAUGAAAUCCUGGGCUUUAACAGUGAAGGAGAGGUAAUUACUAGCAGUGACACUCAGCAAGGCUGUUUGGCAGUAGAGGAGAUCUGUUCAAAUGCUAGUAAACUGAUCACUUUGAUUGACCUUGCUGGACAUCAAAAAUAUAUCAAGACUACAAUAUGUGGGCUUACUGGCUACUCUCCGGACUUUGCAAUGUUGGUGAUAAGUGCAAACACUGGUAUAGCUGGAACUACCAAAGAGCAUCUGGGUGUGGCCAUGGCUUUGCAAGUGCCAAUCUUUGUUGUGGUUACAAAGAUUGACAUGUGCUCAAGUUCUAUGUUACUGCGCUGUAUGACGCAGCUUCAUCGUCUGCUCACGGGGCUUGGCUGCAAGAAGGUUCCAUAUGAUGUCCAGUGUAUCGACGAUGCUGUUAAUGCUGCUCUUCAUUUCAACCAUGGAAGUAUAUGUCCAAUAUUCCAAGUGUCUAGUGUAACAGGAGAAAACCUUGAUAUGCUGAAGAAGUUCUUGCAUGUAGUACCCCCUCUACAUACAACACAUGAACAAGAAAAACUUAUUCAAGAACAUGCUGAAUUUCAGAUUGAUGAAGUCUUCAGUGUGCCACAUGUGGGUACAGUCGUUGGCGGUGCACUACUAAGAGGUAUUGUAAGAGAACAUGAUGAACUUCUAUUAGGUCCUUCUGAAAAUGGAGAAUUCAAACCAGUUGAGAUUACCAGUAUUCACCGCAAUAGGUCACCUUGCCGCAUUGUUAGGCCUAGUCAAGCAGCCUCUCUCUCACUAAAGGAAAUUGAUAGAGCAGUAUUAAGAAAGGGUCUUGUUCUUUUAAAGGCUGAAUUAGAGCCAUUUGCUUGUAAAGAUUUUGAAGCAGAGAUUCUUCUUUUGUAUCACACAACCACUAUAAGCUGUGGUUUCCAGGCUACGAUACAUGUUAGCAACGUUUGCCAAACUGCCACAAUUGUGCACAUGGAUAAGGAAUCUCUAAAAACGAACGAGAAAGCCACCGUAAGAUUGCAUUUCAUUAAGCAUCCUGAGUAUUUGCGUGUAGGUUCUAGACUGUUUCUAAGAGAGGGACGUACCAAAGGCAUGGGACAAGUCACUAGGGUUAUACCUUACCAACACACUGAUGUAGCAGAAAGAUGACGUGGAUCAUCAUUUUAAGAGGGCAGCAAAGCAUAUUUUACAAUGAUUAGUCUUUAGAAGGCGACAGACCAAAAUGAUUUUAACAAUUUAGAUUUGAAUGUAAUGCAUACUCUCAGAUUGUAUUUGUACAGAUAUAUUAAUUUUAGUUUUACACAGUGAAGUUUGAAGAUUGUAGAUAUUUUGUAUGAAUGAUAGUACCAUUGUAUAUAGAAUUAGGGAGAUAUUAUGUGUGUGCUUGGUCAUUAAUGUUAUGUAGAUUUGUAUUGAAUUUAUCUAUAACUUUCAUCUGGUUUUCAGAUUAGGUUGAGAUGCAAUAUAUACACAUUUGGAUUUUGUACAAAAAUAGUAAAAAAUGUCAUGGUUAACUUUAAUAGAAAUAUUAAAACCUGGGAAGAUUCUGGCAGACAUGACAGCCAAUGAUAAAAUAAUACAUAUUUUGAUAUUAAUAUAAUAGUUAUUGUUUAAUCAGAGGAGCAUAUCCUAAGGCUCCUAACAAUGCAGAUAGUACAGAAAAUGCAAAUCCACAUUCUGUAUUUCCCUUCAGAGUGUAUGGACCUUCCACUAAGCCAUGCCACUUGGUUAUUGUGGCUAAGGUCCCCCAAAACUACUGCAUAAGGCACGUAGAUACCAGCGUUUGUGGGAGAGGAUGUAUGUUCGUGGGAUGAGUGCGUAGUUAUGACCCAGUUCUGAUUGGUCAGUUGUCAAUUUUUUUACUGAAGUUAUUAAAGUGGCGACAUUGACAUUCUAUU